AUGCAGCAGCGAUACCAUCAUCUCGAUAAACUCGAUCGAAGAAAUCAUAGUCGAGGAGCUAAAUACAAAGUGGAUGCACUAGUGUGGGUCAAUAAAGCGAAAGGAGUCUUUGAGAAAGGAUAUGAGGCGAACUGGUCGGAAGAAAUAUUUCGUAUUCACCGUAUUCUCGAAUGGCGAAAUCCUCGUAUGUACAAAUUGCGUGAUCUGUCAGGUGAAGUGAUCGAUGAGAUAUUCUACGAGCAAGAACUAACCGGGGUAAACAAAAACUUACAAGAAGAAGAAUUUAUCGUAGAUAAGGUGAUACGACGCCGAGGACGAGGAGCUAAUAAAGAAUUUUUCGUCAGCUGGCGGGGUUACCCUUCUAAAUUCAAUUCCUGGAUAGCUGCUUCGAAUAUAAAGCUGCUUCCAAACCAUGAUGGGGGAAAACCAGUUUCUCAUGAUACUACCGAGCAAUAG